AGCAUGCCACAGCAAUGGGCAUCCUCCGAAUGUGUUCACUCUGUGUUGAAGUGUUUUGAGUAUUUGUGUAUUUGACAUACCGCAAUCCAGAUCUAAUUUUGUCUUGUUCAACUCUUGCCAGAGCAAUAGGAGAUAACGUAAAUGUCAGCGCAUGUGUGUGCGCUGUGAUUUAAGAGGAGCAGCUGUCUGCUGGGAGAGGACACGCCAUCACAUUCCCCCAAUCAUGGAUUCAAUAGAGGAGCAGAAAAAAAAUCAAAUCAAGCAAGAGAGAAGGGAAAAUAGCAACCAACAGCAUGAAGAAGAAUACAAGAGACAGAAAGAGAGGUUGAGAGGCAGUGAGAGAGCUACAGAGGUAUAGAGCGAUAGAGAGAGAUAGAAAGAGAGAGAAAGAGAGAGAGAGGAAGAGCUCCCUAACUCCAGUGAUUCCCAGACUGGCUAGCAGUAAGCUCUGUGCUCUGAUCUGCCUGCUCUGAUGGGGUUUCAUGCCCGUGCAGGCAGUGUUGGGGAUCCUGAAGGCAACACAGGUUCCUGCUGCUGAUCUCAGCCUCUUAUUCCUACCUAUUGACCAUAUCAGCCUACACAGAUGAGAGUCUGGACAGCUAAUCUUAACCUACUACCGGUGGCUAAUGGAUCAUCAACCAGUGACAGUCACUAGUAUCCAAAAAGGGAGUUAAAAGAAGAUCGAAUGCAAGUGGCCCAAGGACGACUGGCAGAUAUGAGAGUGGUACUGGUGUGUGCCCUCCUCUCCCUCCUCUCUUUGUCACAUGCCUGUCCAAAGGAGUGUAGCUGCAACAGCAAUACCAAAGUAGUAGACUGCCGGGGUCGAGGCCUAUAUGACAUCCCCCGACGACUGCAUCCGGACACCCAAGAACUUUAUCUCCAAGAUAACCGUAUCAGGGGGCUGGGAUCAAUGGCUUUCCGAGAAAUACCACUUGUCCGAAUUCUCGAUCUAUCUAAUAACUCUAUAACAUCUGUUUCACCGACUGCGCUGCUGGGUCUCAGAACUCUACAGCGCCUCAGCCUGGCCUACAACAGCUUAAGAGAGCUUGACAAGCGGUUGCUUGGGCCUAUCCGCUCGCUUUCACACCUGGACCUCUCACACAACAGCCUGUGGGGUUUGCCUGGAGCCAUGGGGGACAGUUUGAGGAACCUUAGCCACCUGGGGCUAGCAUACAACAGGCUAACACGAUUGGACCGCUCCCUGUUGGAGGUCCUGACCCGCCUGGACAGCCUCACACUACGAAGCAACCCCUGGAGGUGUGACUGCCAGCUCAUAGGCCUCAAACUCUGGCUGGAGUCCUACCUCUUUAAAGGUGGAGUGGUGGACCCCAAAAAAAGAGGGAAAAGACCGAGAAGAUUGCUUACUACUUUCCAACGCCAGAAAGGGAGAGAGAAAGACAGAAAAAAACCUAACCUUUUUCCCCGCAUGACCACAAGCUACCAUUACCUGUUCGCUAACAUACACCACCUGGAGUCUGAGAGGCUACUGCGAGGCCACACCCAUGGCAACCAUGCUCAUCCCUCUAGCCACGCUAUCCAUGUCCCCAUGGCAAUGGGGGAGGGUUAUGGUGGUGGGGGAGGAGGCGGAGGAGGAGGAGGGGGUUUGCCAGAGUGUGAACCUAAGCAGAGGCAUCGGCCUGUCAACUUGCGCCACGCAAUUGCCACAGUGAUCAUCACCGGCGUAGUGUGUGGGAUUGUGUGUCUGAUGAUGCUGGCUGCAGCAGUGUACGGCUGCGCCUACGCCGCUAUCAUGGCCAAAUAUCAGCGGGAGCUUAAGAAGAACGAGGAGUUGGCAGCAGCUAAGGGGGCAGAUCAUGCCAUAGCAGAUGAGAAGGAACCACUGGAGAAUGCUAUCGCCUAGGAGGUGAUAACAUGAACCCUGGACUUAAAACCUGGGCCUCAACCCUUUAACCUAAUCCAGAGUGGAUUGAUGUGUGUGCUAGUGCAUGUGUGAGAAAAAAGAAGAGAAUGAGAUUCUUUAUGUGUGGGCGUGUGUGUGCUCACCUCCUACCGAGACUUGGGUAGCUAAACUCCACAGGUAUUUGACUAUGCACUGAUGAGAAGAGUAUCUUCUGCUGUAUGCGGGUUCGAGGGGCAGGCCAAAGAAUCCAAAAGGAAUCAAUUCCAUUUUAUCUAAAAAAUGCAUAUCACAGAUAGGAACAAAUUGCUAUAUAUUUAUAAUUGUGUAUUUGUAGGUAUGAUAGUAAAGCUCUGGUAUUUAAAAACAAUGGAUUUCAGAAUUUGUUGUAUUUUAGUUGUUGUUCAUAAUUUGGAGUCUGAUUUUGAGGUAAUUUUGCAAAAACUUAUAGUAGGCAGCUGCUGUCCAUUAAGUUUUGUUCUAAGUUGUUUGUAUCAUUAACGUGAGAGUAAGAGAAUGAGAGUGUUUGUGUCAGUGUUUUUGCUUGAGUGUGCGUGUGGAGAUGUAUACUGUAGGCACAUAUUUAUAGAGAAUAUAAGAGUCUGUGCCUAAUAACGUGAUAUAGUUUUAAGGAAGAAAUUUGUUUUCUUAAAGGAUAUUUUUCUGACAACUGAAGUGAAGAUGGGGAAUUCAUUGAAGCAAUAAUGAAACAAACUAAAACGAAAACAACCACAAAACCUGGACGCCAUGUUGUUUUUCUAUGACCUCAGAGGUUCAUGGGUUUGAAUUUUUAGAUCUACAGUUUUUGAGAUCAGUUGAGUCUUGUUUGUGAGUUAAUGCUGAUCACAUAAUGGUAGUCAUGUCAUUUAGUAUGUAUUAUAUUAAAAAAAGGGAAACAUUUGACCUGAUUACUAUUUGUCUACUGGCAAAUAAUUUAAGAAGGCAAGUAUCCUUAAUUGGAGAAAGUAUCUUUACAAAAGGAGUAUCUUUGGUGGAGAUUCUACUGUUUUCUGUAUGUCUCUUUGUUUCACUAAUUGUUUUGAAAAAUAAAAUAACUGAACACAAUA